AGGGCUAUAUAAAUACAUUUGGUUUGAAAUUUGAUUUGAUGAUUCACUUGCUAAACUUGGAAACGACAGGAUUUGGUCGAUCUUGGGUUAGUUAUAAACAUCUUCGGCCCUAGUGUCCUGGCUGACAGAAAAAACGCUCUGAUUGGCUCUUCGUCUUGUCAGUCACAACGGAACCGUUCAAUCAGCUGUCUUCACACAGAGGCCGUGAUGAAUCGUAAAAUGUACCCGUUAGCUAGCUAACGUUAGCUAUUUGAMGAAAUUGUAUGACCGAAACAGCUUUCUUUUUUUAACCUAAUCGCUGUCAUUGUAUAAUCAAAAUAACGGGAGAUCACUUGGAGAAAAGUGUAAAGAGGCUGGUUUGAUGUGCACGGCACUGGGAGAGGAGGCACCAUGAGUAGGGAGCUGGAUGCGCUGACUGUGGUGAACCAGCUACGAGAUCUUGCAGCUGACCCCCUCAACAGACGAGCCAUAGUACAGGACAACGGCUGCUUACCGGGCCUCAUCCUCUUUCUGGACCACCCCAACCCUCAGGUCGUCUACUCAGCAUUAUUGGCAGUGCGCUACCUGGCAGAAUGUCGGACCAACAGAGAGAAGAUGAAGGGAGAGCUGGGCAUGAUGCUGAGUCUGCAGAAUGUCAUGCAGAAGAGCAGCUCCCCAGGGGAGACCAAGCUGCUGGCGUCUGAGAUCUAUGAGAUUCUGCAGGCAGCUGGUAAUGAGGCAGAGCAGGCUGAGGCUGCCUCCUGCAGACGCAAGGCCCACUUCUUCCUGGGCUCCACCAACAAGAGGGCCAAGACCGUGGUGCUGCACAUCGACGGCCUGGAUGACUCGACUCGGAGAAGUCUGUGUGAGGAGGCCCUGUUGAAGAUCCGGGGGGUGAUCAGCUUCACCUUCCAGAUGGCUGUGAAGAGGUGUGUGGUCAGGAUCCGCUCUGACAUCAAGGCUGAGGCACUGGGCACGGCGAUCAACUCCACCAAGGUGAUGAAGGCUGCACAGGUGGUGAAGGGAGAGGAUGGAGGAGAGCUGAUGCUUCCAUUCCAGGAGGGUGCAGAGGAGGCGGUGGUGGAGCACAACGAGGACAUCCCAGACUACCUCCCUGAGGAGGAAAGCCCGUCUCAGGAGCAGGACAAGGCCGUGACACGCGUUGGCUCCAUCACAGAUGGCGUGGGCUGGCUCAGCACAGCCGCCAACUUCCUGUCCCGCUCCUUCUACUGGUGACCACUUCCUGUGUCAGUCCCAAUCGUCACAACCCCAAGCCCACUAACCACCACCCGACGGUCACCUUAGCCCCGCCUAUUUCAUCCAUCCCUUUUACACUGCUCUCUAGUCCCUCUCAGCAGCCACACAGAGUACCACUCUGCUCAGUGUACAAGGAGCGCUGGACUGCCAAGUGCAACCUGCAAUAACCUUUACUUGUUUAUAAAACAAAAUUAGUUAAGAUAA